AUGUGCAGGGUCAGGACUCGGGCGCGGGCUCGGCUGCAGCGGCGCCCGGGCCAUGGCUGGCGGGGCCGGUGCUCGGGAUAUCCAGUUCCCAGACCUGCUCUUGUGUUGCUGAACAAUCCGGAGGAAGAGCCAUCGCUCCGGGAGCAUCAGGAUCUGGAAGAAAGAGAAUUACCUGAGACAGCUGAUUUCAGGCUCCUAAUUAAGGAGGAUGAGGAUGAUAAGGAAACUGCUGAGAACCUGGGACAACUCGAGACACCAUUCAGAGACCCAGAAAAGGAAUAUAAUUUGCUUUUUUCCAUCCAGGGCAGCCGUGCUGUGGGGAGAAGAAACAAACUAGCUCAAGCCCACCUGAAAGGAAAGCAUGUUGAAACCACAAAUCCACAGCAGCUCAGCCCAGAUGAGAAACCUCACCAAUGUAGCGAAUGUGGGAAAAGCUUCCAGAAGCGUGGGAAUCUGAAACGCCACUUUCGGACGCACAGCGGGGAGAGACCCUACCCCUGCCCGGAGUGUGGAAAGAGCUUUCGCCAAAAGCACCAUCUGGUAACGCAUCAGAGAACCCAUUCAGGGGUGGCGCCGUAUAACUGCCCCCAGUGCGGGAGGAGCUUCAGCACAUCAGCCCACUUUAAAACACACCAGAGCACGCACCUGGGGGAGAGGGUGUUUCAUUGCCGCGAGAGUGGGGAAGGCUUCCAGACACACAGGGUUCUUCAGGUUCACCAGCGAACUCACGCUGGGGAGAAGCUGCAUGUGUGUAACGACUGUGGGAGAAGUUUCAGCUGUAAGCAAACUCUUAGGGUCCACCAGAGAAUCCACACUGGAGAGAAACCUUACAGAAGCCCUGGCUGCGGGGAAAGCUUUUGCAUGCCCGUGCAUCUCAAAUUGCACCAGCAGAUCCACAUGAGGGAGCGGCCCCAUACGUGCGACGAGUGUGGGAAAAACUUCUGGAAGAGUGAGCACCUGAAGAGGCACAAUCGGAUCCACACAGGGGAGCGACCCUUCGCAUGCACGGCGUGCGAGAAGAGCUUCACCCAGAAGCAGCACCUGGUGAAGCACCAGAGGACCCACACGGGCGAGCAGCCCUACCUGUGCAGCGAGUGUGGGAAGAGCUUCCGGAUACGCAGAGAUCUCGGCGUUCACCAGCAAACCCACACGGGAAAGAGGCUCCAUGUGUGUGAGGCUUGCGGGAAGAGCUUCAGCCACAGACAAUCGCUCGUGAGGCACGCGAGAACUCAUGCCGGGGGGAGCGCCUACACGUGUGACGACUGUGGCGAAGGCUUCGCGGUGCACAAGCAGCUCCGACAGCAUCGGCAGAGUCACGCUGCGCAGACGGCCUCCGAGCACACCUGCAGCGAGUGUGGGAAGAGCUUCCGCAAGAGCGAGAACCUGAAGCGCCAUUUUCACACGCACACAGGGGAGCGCCCAUUCCUCUGCACCGAGUGCGGGAAAAGCUUCAUCCAGAAGCAGCACCUGGUGACGCACCAGAGAACCCACACGGGCGAGCGGCCCUACCUGUGCAGCGAGUGCGGGAAGAGCUUCAGCACCGGCGAGUGCCUGAAGAUCCACUGGAGAAUCCACACGGGCGAGCGGCCCUACCUGUGCAGCGAGUGCGGGAAGAGCUUCCGGACACACCGGGUGCUGAAAGUUCACCAGCAGACUCACACCGGGGAGAGCCUCUUCAUCUGCUGCGACUGCGGCAAGAGCUUUCGGCACAAGCAGACUCUGGUGACGCACCAGAGGACGCACACUGGCGAGAAGCCCUACAGCUGCAGCCUUUGUGGAGACGCCGUCAGGACUCUUAAGCUCCUCAGGAUGCAUCAGCACAAGCACACAGGGGUCCGGCUUUACACCUGCAGCGAGUGCGGGAAGAGCUUCCAGAAGGGCAAGAACUUGAAACGCCACUAUAAGACUCACACGGGAGAGAGACCUUACCAGUGCACCCAGUGCGGAAAGGCCUUCAGUCAGAAGCAUCAUCUCCUCAAGCACCAGCGAACCCAGCACGGGGACAGAGCACAUGUGGAUGGGGGAUACGCACCCGUCUUCCCCCAGGGUGAACGUCUGCAGUGUCCCCUGGAAAGCCACCUGUACAGGGAGGAGCUGAGUGGGGAGCUCCCAUUCCGGGUGGUCAUUGUCGAUGACUUUCCUUUUCCUGGCAAUGAGGCACCGGGGUAAUGGCCUAUCUGGAAGGAGAUGGCAGAUGAACAUCUCAAGCAUUGGGAACUGAAUCCAGGAAAAUCUCUUGGGUGAGUGAAGAUCAACAAAAGAUAUUGGAGAUGCUCCCAAUUGUUGUGAACAUCUAACGAGCCACAAGAAAUCCAGGGUAACCAUCUACCCCUUUUAAAUAUGGGGAGAUGUAGAAACACAUAUCUGGGGGAAAACUCUUCAGCAAAGUGGGCCGCCUUAUGGACUUAAGAAUGGCAGGAAUCUUUCAGGUGUAUGAACUUCUGGUCAGCCAGGGAAGGCUGUGAGAGUGAGUUUCAGAAACAAGCAAGGAACCGUUCAGCACAAGGGAGCCCACGCAGGAGAGAGGCCAAAUCAAUGGAGCGAUCGGGUGUAUGACUGGAGAUCGCUGAGCAGAGUAAUAACCAAAGGAAGGAGACAAGAUGUCUAGCGUGGCAAAAGGGGAAUCAGUGGACUAGCUGGCUGAAACGGAGCAAUGGUAAAUGUGGGCUGAAUAACAGUCUCCGAAAGGGAGACCUACUCGUCUGUGACAUGGUCUCCCAGAGGAAGUGGUGGAAGCCCCAAAGCUGGGACCUUUUAAAAGAAGAUUGAGCAAAGCCUGGGGGAGCGGUGUUGCCAUGGCAAAGGGGAGGAGUGGUUAGGGUGACCAGAUGUCCCGAUAUUUAGGUGUUUGUCCCACGUCCUGACCUAUCUUUGGUCGGGACACAAUUUGUCCCAAUAGUUUUUUGCUCCACCGGCAGCACUCGGCUUAUUAUCUUUUUUUUUUUGCUCUGCCGGCGGAUCCCCUUCCCCACACAUGUCCUGAUAUUUUCUCCCUCUCAUCUGGUCACCCUAGGAGUGGUUGAGGUGGCUUAAUAUGUCUCUCAUGUUCAGCUGCAAAAUCAAGUUAUCAUCCACAGCAGACCAGUGAAGCGAGAAACCAGGACUCGAAGACGACAGCUGGAAAUGAAAACCAAACCCAACCCACCUACUGUUCAAGGGGAUGCCCCGUUAAGGCCAGAUCCUCAGCUGGUGUGAACUGGUAUAGCAACAGUGACUUCAAAGGCGCUAUCCCAGUUUACACCACCUGAGGAUCAGGCUGUCCUUCAAAGGGGUGUCCAGAGGAAGGACGUGAGUGGAUUUGCCGUUUGACAACGCUCCAAGUAAUCACCCUGCAAUGAGUCCUCCUCAAAUCCAUAGGCCAAAGGCAUCCCUGAUGUAAAUCUCCUGCCUUCAGUGGCAAUACACCAGUGAUUGAUUUGGCCCUUGGUCUCAUACUAUAAACAGGAGAGGAAGCAUU